AUGGCUCGCUGCUCGGGGUCCGACUUGGAUCCCCCUUGGAGGUGGGUUUCCUACCUUGGGGAUACUGCCUCGUGGGAAGGGUGCUUCACCGCUCGGGGCUUCUCGCCUUGGGAUGAAGAAGGGUGCCCCGCCGCUCAGGGGCCCUACCCGCUGACAUUCGCCCGAACUCUACGGACCUCCACUGCCCUUUGCCGUUGUUGCAUGCCUGCUGCACUAUUUUUGCUUGAGCCUUCGCUUCUGCUUGGAAGUCUUGGCCGCUCAUACUCCCUUCUCGGACUCGCUCACACAAUUUCAGGUGGGGAACGUUUGACCUCCGUUGCAAAGGGGCGGGGUUUGUCUCUCCUACGACCUCUCGGCCCGCUGCUCGGGAGCCGAUUUAGAUCCCCGCCUCAUGGGGUGGGUUCCCUACCUUGGGGAUCUUGCCUCGCAAGAAGGGUGCCCCGCCGCUCGAGGUUUCUCGCCAAGGGAUGGAGAAGGGUGCCCCGCCGCUUGGGGGCCGCUGACCUUCGCCCGAACUCUGCGGGCCUCCACUGCCCUUCGCCGUUGUUGCCUUCCCGCUGCACUAUUUUUGCGCGGCCUCCGCUGCCCGCUGCAUGA